AUGAAAUCAACACCAUCAAUAACGAACGAACUAAUUGCUAUCUGCACAGAAGAAUAUAAAGGGAACAAAGCUGAACUAGAAGUUCUUGACGAAUUUAAACAGAAUUAUUCAUCUGAUCGUGCUGUAUGGUGGUAUACGAGAGAUUCGUUUGUUUAUCGAUUAUUGAACAAAGCACUACGAGUACAAAAUAUUGAUCUACUUUUCCUUUUUCGAUUUUUUAUUCGUGAUCUUGAGCAGCAACUUGAAGAAAAUCAAUGUACAUCUUCCAUUUGUGUUUAUCGAUGUCAAUUGAUGUCAAAUGAUGAAUUAAAAGUAUUGAAAGAUUCCAUCGGACAACUAAUAUCUAUCAAUUCGUUUCUUUCCACGAGUAUUCAUAAACAACGAGCACUUCAAUUUCUUAGUACAACCUCCAAUUCAGAUAGUGUCGAACGAAUCUUAUUCAAAAUUGAAGCUGAUUCUGGUCUAUCAGGCGUCAAACCAUUUGCAAAUAUCCGUUCGCUUAGUUAUAUUCCAGAAGAAGAAGAAGUACUCUUUAUGUUGGGCUCAAUUUUUCGACUAGUCAAUAUUAAUCAAGACAGCAAUCUAAUUUGGACAAUUGAAUUAAAACUAUGCAGUGACAAUGGUAACGAUUUGAAAUCAGUUAUUGAUCAAAUGAAGAAAGAGCAGAAAGAAAUUGGUUCGGAGACAAAUCUACUUUCAUUCGGUAAUAUACUAUUAAACAUGAAUCAAUAUGAUAGUGCUGAGAAGUAUUUUCUUCGUUUUCUCAACGAACAGACGAAGAAUUAUUUAGCGAUUGCCCGCUGUUACUAUUCACUCGGUAAUCUGGCCACAAAUACAUACAACUUAGAUUCUAGUCUAACCUGGCAUCAUAAAUCUCUUGAAAUCAAGCAAAAAAUUUUGAAAUCCGAUGAUCCUGAAUUAGCAGAAAGCUAUAGUAGCAUUGGUAUAAUUUAUCGAAAGAAACGUGAAUUUAUAGUAGCACUAAGAUGGUUCGAAAAGGCAUUACAGAUUAUCGAUAAAGUUUAUGGUGUUGAACAUCCGGAAGUAUCUAAAUGUUUGAAUAGUAUGGGAUAUGUCCUCGUGCGCAUGAAGAGUUAUUCGGAUGCAAAGAACUAUUUUCAAAAAGCGUUAGCCAUUAAUAAGAAGUAUUUUACCGCAUAUCAUCCAGAAAUAGGUGUAUCACACAGUGCGAUGGCUGAUGCACAACGAGGUCUGAAAAAUUACGAAGAAGCGUUGAAACAUGCCGAUCUUGCUCUAGAAAUUUUCCAGAAAUCGUUACCUCCAAAACAUUAUAAAACUGCAUGGGUUAUUGAAAUUAUGGGUGAUGUUUAUGAAGAUAGGAAAGAAUUCAAUAAAGCGUUGGAUUAUUAUAAGAAAGCUGCUAGUAUCUAUUGUGAAGUAUUAGAUCCUAAGCAUCAUUAUGUUACUUCAAUUACAGAGUGCAUCGAGCGAGUUUCAUUACAAAUAAAAUGA